GAGAAAGUGUGUGUGUGUGUGUGUGUGUGUGUGUGUGUGUGUUCAUUUCGAAUAUCUAAGUUUGUUAUGCAAGCUUUGUAACAUGUGACGGUAACAUGAUCACAUGAUCAGACCACCGAACAGUGUAUGAAGACACUGUGAUCAGAUGGAAUAUUAAUACGCAUCAGCAGUAAAUAUCUGUGUGUUUAUACAGCACACAGAGCAGUAUGUACAGGUAGAGGUAAGCAGAGAGUCUGCGCUUUAGAACAGACAGGUACUGCAUGUGUCACGUGGGUUUAGCCACUUCAGGAGACGAGCAGCAGGUCCUGAGUCUGUGACCAUGAAGUCCCUCGUUCCCCUGCAGAGAUGAGCUCGAGUGUCCUGGAUGAGCAGAACUUCCAUCACUGCUGUCGGCUCCUCCUGCAGCAGUCAGAGCAGCUGAAAGACGGCUGGAGCUGGGAAGCAGUCCAGGGUUCAGAGGAGGGCUACCUGAGGAAGACUGCUCUCAGGUCAGUUGUCACUGACUCGAGGCCCGUGUGGGACCAUGAAGGAUCAAGUUCAGAAUCAGAGCCACACACUCCCUGUCACACGGGGCUGGAUCAGUCUGGUCUUGUUGCCCCAGUUGAUGCUGACAGCAUCGAAGGUGACAUAGAUGAUGAAGAAGAUGAAGGUGAAGAUGAAGGUGCCUGUACGGUGUCUGAAGGCAGCAGCCAGGUGCUUCAGUACGAGUAUCACAUCGUGUACUCUUGCAGCUAUUGUACUCCUGUGCUCUAUUUCAGAGCCUCCACUCUGGAGGGGAAGAGCCUGUCAUUAGAGGAGGUGUGGAGCUCUGUUCAUCCAAACUUCAGGCUCCGACUUCAGAAUAGUCCUUUGAAUACAAUCACUCUGCAGGAGCAUCCCCUGCUGGGUCAACCUUUCUUCAUGCUCCAUCCCUGCAGGACAGAGGAGUUCAUGAGGCCUGUGCUGCAGGCGGCUCAGGACCAACACAGACCGGUGAACUACGUGUUGUCGUGGCUCAGUGUGGUGGGUCCUGUGGUGGGUCUGGACGUCCCUCUGAAGUACUCCACCCAGCUCCAUCCAACAGCCUCACUCAGCAGCACCAAGCCAGACUGAAGCUUAACCUGCUCUGCUUCACUCUCUGUCAGCAUCACUGUGGAGUAGUCUACACAGAGGCCGGACUAUCACCCAGGGGACGCAGGCAACUGUCUCAGCACCGAAGACCCUCAGAGUCCCCUGAAAGUCCAAGGUUGCCUGUGCCAGUUACCUCAUGUUCGUUUGUUUGGAAAUAUGCUAAACUACAAUGAAAACUGAAAUAGUAAAAAGGCUGAUGUAGCUUCUGCA